AUGGAUGUUGUCAUUCUUAGGAAACUGGUGAGGGAAAAUCUGGUGAUUCCUAUGAGAAAUGGUCUUCGCAGCCAGAAAUAUAAACCUGUUGACUACAAACAUCUGUAUGAACUUGCUGCAGUAGAAAAAAUGGCAUCUGCAAAAAUUCAGUUAAAGAUUAAAAAAAUAGAGCAAGUUUCCAAAAUUAACAAAGAGCAAAUGCUGCUGAAACAGCAUCAGCGAGUGUGGUGGCAGGAGCAUAAAAGACUGAUUGAGAACAGGCAAAAAGCAGAAGCAGAAAUAAAGACUUUUCUUGAUGAAAAAAAACAUAAGCAUAAUUUUUUGCCGGAUAUGAGGGACUUAGAGCGUAAAUUAUCAAAGGAGCGGGAUACGUACCACACAAAUGCUUUAGCUCCUGUCGUGCAACUGAAAGAGAAUUUGAAAUUCAGGCUCUCUGAAAUGCAGUGUUACCUCUCAGAAGAGUCUUGUCUGAAAUCUAAGAUCAAUUUGGUUGAAAUAUUACAGCAGAUCAAAUCUGUGAAGGAGCAACAGCAGGUGAUUUUGGAAUCCCUUAUCCUUGACAGUCUGGAUUUGGAAAGAGAGCUUGAAGACUGUAAAACAAAAGCUUUAGCACAUUCUUUUGAAGAAAAAAAUGGACUUUUCCUUGAAGUUCCUUCAAUGCUUCUGUCUUUGGAAUGCCCCUACCCUGAUUUGAAGACCUUACUUAUCAACGAAUACCAAAAGCUUGCAAACGGAUACUGGUCUAAACUUCAAGAGAUUGAUCAGCAAUUAAAAGUUUUAUAUAGGAAUAUGGAAUGGAAGGAUGAAGAUCAGUGGGCUUUUCAGACAGUUAUCAGUCAAUAUCCAAGUGAUCUUCAGAAGAGGAGGACUUUGUACCUUGAUGCGCUGCAGAGAUACCUUCCUCACAAAUCUAGGCAUGAUCUGGUUGUUCAUGAGAGAGCUUGGGAUCGUUGCCAUUUCAUGAAGAAUCAGCGCAGAGCCUUGAUGUUAAACUGGGCUGAAGCCAGGAAAGCCUUUCUGCUUAGGGCAGUGGCCACUGUUGCUGAAGCCUCUGCUGCUCAUGAGACAGAAGUAUUGUUGGCUGACACCAGACAAAAGCAACAGGAGAUUUGUGCUGAUCUGAAAGCAAAGGUUCUACAGUGGAAAGCACAGCAGGAAGAGGCUGCUAAACUGGAAGCUGCUGUAGCUGCCAGAAGAAAGGAACAGAAAGAUGAGAAAGAGAGGCUACAGAAAGAGCAGGAAAUGCUUCGUAGAGCUCAGGAGAAAGAGAAAGUGAAAAAAUACUGGGCUGAAAAACAGCUCAAGUGGCGAGAACAGGAAGAGAAAGAUCUACAGCGUCUGGAGGAGUUAAGAAAAUUAAUGGCUGAACAAGCAGCUAAAGACAGAGAAAGGGUGAAGUUUAGACAAGCAUUGCUGGAGCAACGAUUGCUGGGAAAAAAGGAACUGGCCCUUCAAGCAGCACGUGAAGAGGAGGCAAGAGAGAGGUACCUGGAAGCACUCCGGCAGCAGGUUGCUGUUGUUGCAAAAUUAGAUCCAGGCAGAGUGCUGGCUGAUACAGUGGCAUCUAAAGCUCGGAUGGGCAUUGGAACCAAAGAAGAGUUUGAUCUUCAGAAGCCACUGUUUAAGUUGCAUACAUACAGUGAACAGCAGAUCAUUUCUGACCCUAGGCUUCGUGUUGAGUUAGCUCUCCGAGAAGCUGGACUUCUGAAAACACUUUAUGCAAAAGAGAUCCUGCCAAAAAUUCCUCCACCAAGGCUUCCAAGAAGAGAUAUGGAAUCUACAGCUUUUAAAAUGUAG